AUGCACUUCCCCACCGUCGCCGUCUUCGCCGCCCUCCUCUCGGGCUCUGCCCUCGCCGCUCCCGCCGCGAACGUCAAGUCCAUGGCUGUCGCCUCCACCACCUGGACCAUUGAGAACACCCGCCGCGCCUGCAAGGCCAACGACUGCACCUGGACCUUCUCGGUCAACACCGGCUCCUCCAACACUCCCUGCACCUUCCACACCAAGUCGACCGGCUCGGCCCUGCCCAGCCGCGCCAACGGCGAGGCCCAGACCUGCGGCCCUUACACCGUCACCAGCAGCUGGUCCGGCCAGUUCGGCGAGGGCAACGGCUUCACCACCCUGGCCGUCGUCAACCGCUCCAGCAAGCAGAUCGUCUGGCCCGCCUACACCGACAAGCAGCUCGCCAAGGCUGUCGUUGUCAAGCCCAACCAGAACUACCCCGUCCAGGCCCUCCCUUAA